AUGCAUGGUUCUUUUCUUUUUAUAGUGGUGACUGCUUAUUUACUCUUCUGUCUGGCCACAUUUCCGCUUCAGAUAGCCAUGAUAGUUAUGGGUAAGUUCAUCCACUUCCAACUACGUGUAAAGAAUACCGGGGGGGGGACUCCACGUAUGAAAGUGGUGGGGAUGCUCGUCGUCUUGCUUAGGGGUAUAAAUUUCGGAUUUUGGUCUCACUUAGGGUGUUCUGGGCAAAACGCCAUCAUAUUUAGCUGUGAAGGUCUCGUUUAGGGUUGCACGCCAAAAAAUAUAAAAUAUAUAUAUUGUCUGUGUUUUAACAUGGUCUCUUUUAGGGGUCAAAAAAAGCUUGGGCCACGCCCAGAUCGGUCUCCCUUAGGGGUUUAACUCAAAAUUUCCGACGAGCAACCCCACCCCUUUCAUUUGCGGAGUCUUCCCCCUCUCGCCCAAGGAAAGAAUAGUCCAUUAUCAUUGUUUGCUAUUGUCAUCGCCCACAAUCUAAAAGAUAAACUCCUAUGAUGAAUACUGCACACGUUUCUUUCAGGUCCCAGUUGUUAAAAAGGUGGAUAAUGUUAUUCACGGGAAAAAUUUCUAUCCAGUGGACAACGCAAUUGGUUUUCCCAACACUUCUCUGCUGGAUCAUGAUAGAGAUUUAUCCACGGAUAGCGCUAUCCAUAAUUUGAACACUGUUCCCGUUUAAACUGGGACCGCACGAUCAUACUUUCAACACUGAGUUUAGUUACAGCAGCAGUUUACUAUAGUUAGAUUUUAUGUGGAUUAGGAUGAAGAAGAAGUCAUUUGAACAGAUUCGUAUCCAGUCUCCAGUCGCUUUCCUGUAUUCGUGCUGUGAUUAAUGGGAAGGAUUUAGUGAGUCCAAAUGCAUCAAGGAAAGGAAGGGAGAAAAAUGCCACGCAACCGUUACUUUUUUUGUUUCUUUCCCAAGAGCCUCAGUAUGUGUCUCGUCUUAGGGAAAGUUAAACAUUUUGUAUCCGAAUGAAAGAUGAAAAGAAAUGUUCUUACAUUGAAGUUCAUACUUUGAUAAGACAGCAACAAAAUCCCUUUGAAAUUUGCCAAACGAUCGUGUUCUUUCUUUUCAGGUGCAAGAUACAUAGAUGAGUGCCCUGUGGAAGACAUGAUCCCAAUUUACUUAAUAGUGGCUGCAUCGGCUGGACUCUUCAAUACUUGCUGCUCAGCUGGCGCAUUGAUAUACCAAAGUGGAGAUGACAAGCAGACCCUGAAUCCCUUCACCGCUCUCAUGCAACUCUUCCAUUUUGCUUGGUUCAUUGCUGGAAAUGUGUGGAUUUAUAGUAUCUACGAGCCUAACUACACUGACCCUAGCAGCCCAGAUUUCUGCAACAAAACGCUGUAUCUAUUCGCAUUCUGGGUUACUAAUUCGUAUUAUAUCUUGUUUGGCGUCGUACUUGGAAUCGUGAAAUGUUGUACAUGUUGUACAUGUUGUAUAUUUACAUGUUGUAUGGGUUUGACGGUAACACCUUGUAGCCAGAGUCUGGCGUAAAAUACAAACGAAUAGAUAUUUCCAUGUUUUUAUUUUUUUUUUUUAACUUUAUGACAACUAGUAUUUAGCCAUAUGUACUAACUAGGGAAAAUCGUAUAUCUCUGACUGACCAAUCGAAAACAUUUUUUAUCCAAACCAUUCCCCCCAAAGUCAGCUUUGCAACGUGCUAGAAGUAAUUCUCAACUUCCAGCCUUGGUAUAUUGCUCAUCAAACUGCAUUUCGCAGAAACUUGCUGCAAAUGCAAUCCUCGAAACUUUGCAGUUGUCUGAAUGCCAAUUUUUUUCGGCAUUUCAACAAAGACUGACCAAAAACAGCCAUUUCAACCCCAGUAAAAAUAGUUACCAUUGAUUUCAAAUUUCGUACUUCCGUUUAGCUUAUAAAAGAACGCCUUAAACUCAAUAACCACUGCAUGCUUGCGUAGCGCGGGCGCGUUUGUCAGUGCUAGGCAAUCCUACGUACAUGACAUUGUUUUGCGCAAGUGUGAAACUCACUGAAGCUUGCAGAUAUGAACCACCCAGUCAUUUCCCACAUUUUCAUAUCCUUUUAUCCCAUGCGUGGUCCUCGUCGGCCAGAAGUUAAUUUGAUACCAAAAAAGUUAGUCUUAGAUUCAUAAAUGAUGUGGUAAACAACUCAUUGUUUUUUGGUGGAUGAGAGCUGGACUUUCUAUGAAAACUUCACCACGAUAAUAAUAAUGAUACUAGCAAUAAUUUUGACUCGUUUGCGAAGAAUGCAAAAAGCCACAAUCUCGCUGUCGCUCAACAUAGCAUGUUGUCUCAAGCGGGCAACUGUAACUCACUUGGCCACCUCAUCUACGCUGUGCGUCCUCCUGUGUGGUUCAUGACACGCAUCUUUACGUUUCAGAUUGCAAUAAAAAAAACUUAUGACAGCUUAGCUUAGGCUACAAUGUUAUGGUAUGGGGCUGGACCCGAUGAAUUUUUUGUAAUAAAGGUAAAAUUUUAAAAAAAAUUGUAAAAAUUUAGAUAGAAAAACUUGACAAUACAAUAAACAUUUUGAUACAAUUGAAUUAUAGUUUACAAACUAUGCACUGAAGACCCAUCGCUGAAUUAGAAGGAUAUAAAAGAAACUAUUUUGCAACAUCCGGUUUUGUCAGACUGGUCAUGCGCAUGCGCCCUAGUUGGCGAAACGAGUGGUAAAGUCGUGACUCGAACUCAUUUAGCUUAUAGCUGAGUUUACAGUUAAUUAUGGAAAUCGGCGCAACCUACAGAUUAGCCGACAGUUAUGGGCUAGCAGAUUGGUGACUUAUUUGUAGGUUGCGCGCACUAUGCAUGAUUUCCAGAAGAGUAAUGUCAAACUGUGUUGCAUGCGAUUCUGUGUUUGUCCUUAUAUUCUUCUCGGUAAGUGUUAUCAACAGCGGCCUUCGGCUCGACUGAUAACCGUACUUACCUCGACUUUGAAUAUUCCAGAUAUCACAAAAACCUCAUCUAAUUAUUGUUGAAUAUUUGACCGUACAUGUCUUGCUUAACUAGCCACCUGUUUGGUCAACAUCCGUGUUGAGAGCAAACAAACGCGUAUAACACGUCGAAAGCAAACAGGCCAGUGACAAAUAACAGGGCGAGUCCCAGGAAAUUGUUAUCGAUUUCUGAGACAGGGUAAGUAGUGUCUGUUUCGACUUCUUUCUUUAGUGACAUUCCUCGCCUGUAAACUGAAGGACCUUUUCAUCUUUUAAAACGGUUUCUUUCUCAUGGUAACUUCAAAUGUUCACAGCAAUUAAUAUUGCCAAGCAGAGGUUGAAAAAAAAAUACAGAAAAGUGUACUGGAUCUCAAAUUCAAGGUGUAGGUAUAGAACACACCCCCUUGAACCUGUCCCGAGUGCAAAAACAAACUUCAAGUUUCGUCUUCUAAUGAUGAACUUAAAAAAUCAAAUGUUUUACUCGCCUUGCAAUGAUAUACACUUAUUAUACAAUUUUGCCUUCAUUAGGCAUCCGUGCGGAUACACACGCAUUAGUCCGAUCAGCAAACCUUCCGCUAGCCACUAGCUUGGAAAAUUACUGUUGAAUUUUUGUGACGGGAACAAGUACGUCCACUCUAAAUAUGUGCUGAGAUUAUAUAUGUCCAUGACUAAGAUUACUUUUCAUAAUAAAGAUAUUUUUAAAAUGACUAAUUGAUACAGUCAAAAUCGCCAAAAAAAAAAAUGAAAAGUUCAGUAUAGUUUGUUUAAGCUUUAACUGUAUGUUCACGAAAUUUGACAUUGGCAAGCAGUCGGAGGUUGAGAAAGGCACCUAGUAUACCAGUGUCUCAAAUACAACUUAUGAAGGUAAAAAGAUCGCCAGCUAGAUAGAGCACACGUGCGAAACGAUUGUUAAAUCAGAAGAAUAACGUUAAAUACGUCAACGUUUCAGCAGCUGUAAUUUUGUAUAUUUGACCGUACUUUGACAAUAGCGUGACGUCACAGCAUGGCGGGUUAAAAGCUUUGGACUGGUUUAACUUCCGUGUUGAGAGUAUAAGAAACGCGUAUAAAGCGGCGAAAGCUGACACGCCAAGCCAAAAAAAGCGAGUCCCUGGAAAUUGUUACUGA